AUGAAGUUCCUCGCUGUCGCUUGCGUCGCCGGCAGUGCCGUCGCCAGCAACACCUACCGCCUCCACCAGCGUGAUCUCGCCGCCGUCAACGGUGUUCUCAAGACCGUCAGCGACGGCAUCGAUGGCCUCGACACGGCCGUCACCGGCUUCGCCGCCGACAUGAAGCCCGUCAACGCCAAGGGUGCCGCCCUCCUAGUUGCCCUCCGCGAUGGCAAGUCCGCCAUCGAGAAGUCCUCGGCUCUCGCCCUGGCCGAUGCCAUCACCCUCCAGGCGUCGGUCGGUGGCCUCCAGACCAAGGGAAAGUCCCUCCUUGACCACCUCAAGGCCAAGAAGACCGAGAUCCAGAAGGGCAGCUUCUGCGCCAGCACGCGCCAGCAGAUCAUUGAGAUCAACACGAGCUCCCAGGCCCUUAUCGACGCCAUCGUCGGCAAGGUCCCCGCCGAUGCCCAGGCCGUCGCCAAGAAGCUCGCCGGCGGUCUUACCGAGGUCCUCACUCAGGCCUCGAGCGAGUUCAACGAGGCCAACUGCAAGGACGCUGGUCCUGCUGCCGGCUCGAGCUCCUCGUCGGUCCCUGCCGCCCCGGUUUCGUCGGCCUCGGUUUCGUCGGCUCCGGUUUCGUCGGCCGUCCCCUCCGUCUCCACCCCGGUGUACUACGGCAACUCCACCAUGACCAGCAAGUCUACCACUUGCACCGACCCCAAGUCUACCGUCACCCAGACGACCUCCUUGAUGGUUCCGGGCGAGUCCCAGGGGCCGCAGGUCCCCGCCUCCCCCGACUCUCCCGAGGUCGCCCCCGUCGGUUCCCUUCCUACCGGUACCAUCACCGUCAGGAUCACGAGCACCGUUUGCCCCCUGCCCGGCUACACCCUCGGCACCAACACUGGUGGCAACCAGCCGGAGCCGACGUCUGUCGACACCGGCAGCGAUGGUACCAACACCAACACCGACGGCACCGACAGCAACACGGUCAACGACGGUACCGACAGCAACACUGUCAACGACGGCACCGACAGCAACACUGUUGCCAACGACGGCACCAACACCAACACCGUCGCCGACGACGGCACCAACACCAACACCGUCGCCGACGAUGGCAGCAAUGCCAACACCCUGGGCAACGCUGGCUCCGGCGAUUCCGGUUCUACUCCCAUCUACACCCCGCCUGCCCCUGCCUACGUUUCCAACGGCACACAGGAUGGCGUCGUCAUCACCGGUGGCGCUGCCCUCAUCGGCCCUGCCAGCGUUCUUGGUUUCGCCAUGGCCGUCGCUGCUCUUGUCCUGUAG